CUGAUUACUGUACUUACUCAAGAGGGUCAUGCCGAGUAUGCAGAGGAAGAAGAGUUUGGUGGAGUUUUCUGCCAAAGCAUCUUCAUCAUCGCAACUAAUUUUGAACUUUGCUUCUGUGGAUGUGCCCGUGCUGAAUAUGAUAUAAAUGGAGAAUGCUGCCCCAUGUGUGCCCCUGGGAACCAUGUUUAUUGGGAUUGUACUAUUGACACGAGAACAACAUGUGUUCCUUGUCCUGAAUCAACUUACACAGAUGAACCCAAUGGACUCACAGAAUGUUUUUCCUGCACUGUGUGUGAUACAGACCAACACUUAAAAGUGAAAAAGGCCUGUACACGCUCUGCAGAUACAAUUUGUGAGCCUCAGGAAGGACUCCAUUGCAUUAAACUAAAUAAAGAAUCCUGUACAUUAGCACUGGAACACACUGAAUGUAAACCUGGACAAUAUAUUAAACAAUCAGGAACAGCAUUUACUGAUACUUUAUGUGCUGGCUGCAUAGAUGGAACUUAUUCAAAUGGCUCUCUAAAGGCCUGCCUACCACAUUCAAAAUGUGAGACUAUGGGACUUACAGAAAUAAAAGCAGGAACAUCGUCCUCUGAUGCUGAAUGUGAGAAAGUGACUUCGGUUGGUCUUAUAGUUGGAGUCACAAUUGCAGUUCUUGUAGGUGUUGUGGCUGUGGCUGCGGCUGUGGCUGCUGUUAAAUUAGCAUGCAUCAGAAAACAUAAAGCAAGGCGCUCUAAGAAACCAGGUGUCUGUCGCACCCCACAACAAGCAACUGAGGAUGAUGAAUCGAGAUGGCAGACUCAGCUCGACCUACUUUGAUAAACCAGUAUUAACAGAAUUGCAACUGGGAUUUUCCCCCACUAAGAAACAGAAGUAUGUGCUGAAAUCAAGAACACUAAUAAUCUUAAAGUGAUGUUGAUUUUCUGAAUAUUGUUUGUAAAUGUAAAUAAUAAAACCUGCAGUGAUGACCUC